UUUCUCAUUACCUGUUGUAGACAUUGUAAGCAUAAAUCUUACAAUACCAACAACGGUAGAUCAGAAUAUUGAGUAGUAAGCCGUCUUUGAUGAUUCCGAAAUACGUUAGAAAAGAAUGGUUCACGUGACCUAAAAAAAUACGAAGAUACUCAGAAGCCGAACGUACGAAAAUAACAAAUGUCAUUGAACAUAUGGAAUCAUUAUGUACGGCUCAACCAAUUAGAAGAAUUAUGAGCGAAAAAAAAUCGCAAAAUACGUAUCAGCAAACCUUACAAGAUGAAGUUAUAGGCACCACAACUGUAGAAGAAGACUCUUGGGAGACCAAGAAAAAUAUUGCGGAAAAGAACUUUGAAAAUCUGUCAGUCACUGGUAAAUUUGCCCAUUUGGCCAGAUACUAUGGCGAAGAUGGAAUCUUGGAUCUGGACCAUCUCAAACUUCCAAGACAAUUCACUAAGUACUUAAAGACAAUGAAAGACGAAGCUGGAAUUUGUUUAGAGCCAUUGGUAACUCUUGAAGAAAGGGAUAUGCUGGUUGAACUUUCGAAUUGCAAGAAAACUGUUGAACUUGAAAAUCUUCUCUCUGCAUGGUACUCAAGGAAAGAACUAUCUUCAGAUUGUAAAUAUAUCAGGUUUGCUUUGUCUGCGAGUCUUGAGCUUUGGUCAACAAAGUCUUUGCUUAACAAAACUCAUGGUGAAGACUGGUACCGCAUGCAUGUAUACUCAAAUGUAUGGGAUAAAGCUUUCCUCGAUGAUGAAGAGUUUGAGACCAAGCGCUCCGAAUGUGUGAGUCAGGUGACGAAGGUUUUAAAGGAAGCUAAAAAAGACAUCAAACUGCAACGAUUGGAUUUCAUUUUACGUGAUAUGAACAAUGACACUGAUAUUUUGACCGUAGAAGAAAAGCCGUCAUUAAAGGGGGUGAAAGCCGAUAUCAAAAAAGGAAAUAUGUUGAAAAGACACGCACUCUACCUAUGGUCCAAGCAAGUUGAUAGUAGCGCCCUCAUGGAAAGAUUGGAAGCUAUUUCUUGUCAAUGGCAAGGCACAAAGUUCACAAUUUAUGGAUCAAGGCUACUAUCUUCUGAUACAAUGCUCAUCUAUAGAAAAGGAUGUUAUAGUUUUCCAAUCUCAUCAAGACACUCACCCGAAUUCUCCAAGCUUCUUUUGGCCAUCCUUUCUCUAAAACGAACAGUGAAGUUAAAUUAUGCCAAGUUCAACUUGAUUCUGGAGGAAAAAUACAAAAACGAGGUUAAGACGCUGAACUUUUCAGAUGAUCAUUUGAGUGAAAUUAGUAUAACAAGCGACAGCACCAACAGUGACAUAGAAUCAGAAGAUAGCAACUAUAAACUAGAAGAUAAAGACUUUGUUUAAAAUACAAAGAUCAUGUUGGACGAAUUGAAGGAGGAAGAAAAAGGAUUGAAACGUUUUCAUGACUGGAAGGACAUGUUGUUUGAUUGCUCAAAGCGCUUAGACAAGAUACUAGUAGCAUCGCGUGUUAUGUUUAGUUUAGCUAUAAUAAAUUAUUAUGAUAUCAGUAUCAAGGAUUAAUUACUUUUAAUGUAUUGCUACUUUCAAAGAAUCAAUAUUUAGAGUGUGCCUCCAAUCUUUGUUGUUCUUAAAAGCGGGAAGUCAAUAAUCACAUAUGUUGGUGAGACGAAGUCAGAGAAUGUGAUAGAUACUCACUCCUGGUAUCGUCGACUCUUAGGUCUUUAGUUUAGUUACAUUAUACUAUAUCUUAAUCCCUCACAAAAAGUUUUUUUUUCUUUUGAAUAUUUAGC